GCUUUGUUUUUUGUUCAUAAGUUUAGUAUGUUUAGUUGGGCUCUUUUUCAGUUAUUAAAUUUUUCAUUUUUGUCUGAAGCAGAAGUAAGAAACAGAAACUAUUAUGGUCAGCGGUUUAGGAUCUGUGUUGGGGGGGUUUGGAGGUUCGAGCUCUGAACCUCAUCAGGCUUCGGUUGAUUCCAUAACGCUGUUCGUUACCCUACUCUGUGCUUGUAUUGUGAUUGGUCACCUACUUGAAGAAAAUCGAUGGAUCAACGAGUCGAUAAAUGCUCUUUUCAUACUAUGUUGUAAAUCAAAAACGACGUCUUGGUGGCAGGGUUUGGGUACAGGAGUGAUAUUACUUUUGGUGUCUAAAGGAGGGAAUUCACGAAUCUUGGUAUUCGAUGAAGAGCUCUUUUUUAUAUAUCUCCUGCCACCUAUUAUUUUUAAUGCUGGGUUCCAGGUUAAAAAGAAACAAUUUUUCAGGAAUUUCAUGAGUAUUAUGUUGUUUGGUGCUGUUGGGACAAUGAUAUCCUUCAGCAUCAUAUCGUUUGGUGCAAAACUGUUAUUCGAGACUUUGGAUAUGGGCUAUCUAGAGCUUCGAGAUUAUCUUGCUAUUGGGGCUAUCUUUUCAGCUACAGAUUCUGUGUGCACUUUGCAGGUUCUUAAUCAGGAUGAGAUGCCUUUGCUCUACAGUUUAGUGUUUGGCGAAGGUGUGGUGAAUGAUGCAACUUCUGUGGUGCUCUUUAAUGCAAUUCAGAAAUUCGGCCUUUCAGAUCCUGACUCGAAAAUUGCCUUAAAAUUCGUUGGCAAUUUCUUCUCUCUAUUCGUAGCCAGCACCCUUCUUGGGGUUUUGAUUGGAUUGCUUAGUGCCUACAUUAUCAAAAAGUUAUACUUUGGAAGGCAUUCAACAGAUCGUGAGGUCGGUUUAAUGAUUCUCAUGGCCUACCUUUCGUAUAUUUUAGCUGAGCUCUGUGACUUAAGUGGAAUUCUUGCUGUAUUUUUCUGUGGAAUUGUUAUGUCGCAUUACACCUGGCAUAACGUCACAGAGAGUUCUAGAGUUACCACCAAGCAUGCCUUUGCUACAUUAUCAUUCAUUGCAGAGACAUUUAUCUUCCUUUAUGUUGGCAUGGAUGCAUUGGACCUUGAAAAAUGGGAGCUCGUGAGCAACAGCCCGGGGAAAUCUAUUGGUGCAAGUGCAGCUCUAUUUGGACUAGUCAUGAUCGGGAGAGCAUCGUUUAUUUUCCCUCUCUCCUUUUUGACAAACUUUGCUAAGAAGUCUAAGGGUGAAAAACUCAAUUUGAAACAGCAGGUUACAAUAUGGUGGGCUGGUCUUAUGCGAGGUGCUGUUUCGAUGGCGCUGGCUUACAAUCAGUUUGCGAAAUCUGGGCACACGAAGCAGCCGGGAAAUGCAAUCAUGAUUACGUGCACCAUCACUAUAGUACUUUUCAGCACGGUGGUGUUUGGACUGUUAACUAAGCAUCUUCUGAGGCUGCUCCUACCUCCAUCAGAUGUUUUAUCCGAACCUUCGAGUCCAAAUGCUAUUACACUGCCUUUAAUAGUGAAUGGUGAAGAAUCGGGAGAUAAUGUUGUUGGGCCUACCAGAAGCCUACGCAGGCUUCUAAACAGUACGGUCCAUUACUAUUGGAGGAAAUUCGAUGAUGCUUUCAUGCGCCCGGUUUUUGGCGGCAGGGGAUUUGGUGUAUGAUAUUCGAAGAAGAUAAUUAGUAGGGACCAUAACUAUAGGUUUAUGGUGUUGUGGCCUUUGAUACAAGUAUAGUUUUUGUAGUUGACACACACCUACACACAUAUAUUGUAUUAAAUGUGACAAAGUAUGUACUCUUUACAGUUGAGGGAUUAAUUUUUUUUUUUUUUAAACAUUUUCCAUGGUGGUCUUUUGUUGAUGCAUAAAAUAAUUGUAUUUUAUUCAUGGAAGUAAUGUAUAUAAUCAAAUUCUAGUUUUCGUAUGAAGGAACAUAAUUUUUCUAAUAA